AUGUUGUUGGCUCUUUCCGCUGCGCUCUACGGUUUGUAUCUGCUCUGCCUGGCCAUCUGGCGCCUCUACUUCCACCCUUUGGCGGGAUUCCCCGGCCCAAAAUUGGCGGCUCUCACGCUAUGGUACGAAUGCUAUUUUGACGUAUUUCUGGGUGGCCAAUACUUCAAGGAGAUUGACCGACUGCAUUCGAUCUACGGGCCCAUCGUGCGCAUCAGCCCGCAUGAGCUUCACGUCAAGGAUCCAGAGUGGUACAGCGAGCUCUAUCCGCCAGGGAACCGCAAACGCGAUAAAUACGCCUGGUUUCUGUCGGAGGGCACCGAUGCCACCAGUUCUGCUACCGUGCAUCAUCAUGUCCAUCGCCAACGCCGCUCUACCCUAUCCCCCAGUUUCUCCAAACAGUCGAUCCUCGGCCAUGAGGCCACGCUGAUUGAGCCCGCAAUCUCCUCAAUGUGCGGGUCUCUGGAUGAGUAUGCUCGCCAAGGAACCCCUGUCGUCCUGGGAACGGUCUUUGCCAGUCUUACAGUGGACGUGGUGCUGCAGAUCUGGUUUGGUGCGUCACCCGGCCAGACGAGACGUUGGGAUUUCUUCCCUUCGUGGACCGAAACGCUGCCGCCACUGCUUGGAGGGUCGCAUUUCCUGCGUCACUUUCCGCAGGCGUUUCUGCUAUUUGGCCUGUUGCCUUCGCGCGUCGUCAAGGGGCGGCCGGAUUUUGCGUUUAUUUUCAAUCUGCAAGAGACCCAGCUAAGCUUCUCCAAGUCUUCUGCGAAUAUAGCAUCCUCCGCCAUGCGAUCCGAAAAGCCGUCCGUCCUGCGCACUUUGCGAUCCAGCGCCCUUCCCACGGGUGAAAAGAGCGAAGACCGACUGUCUGCGGAAGGCUUUAGUUUCGUCAUGGCGGCCACGGAAAGCACAGCGCAGACCCUUGCGUCGACGCUGUACCAUCUUGUGGACAAUCCUCCUAUCCUGCAAGAGCUGCGAGCGCAGCUGGAAAAGCUGCUGGAGGAGAAUCAGGGCCAGUUGUCCUGGACAGCGCUCGAGCAGCUGCCGUAUCUUCGUCACAUCGUCAUGGAAGGAAUGAGGGUCACAUCCUCCGUCACGGGCCGACUAGCUCGUACUGCCCCAGAUGAGGUUCUCCAGUACAAGGAUUGGAUCAGCAUGGACCAUCACUUCACGCAUUUGGACCCCUCUAUCUUUCCUAAUCCUAGACGGUUCGAUCCAGGCCGGUGGGAUGCGGCUGCAGCGGCGGGGAAUCCAUUGGACCGGUAUCUGCUGCCAUUUGGUCGUGGAAGUCGGAUGUGUAUUGGUAUCAAUCUGGCAAGUGCUGUCAUCUACCGCGCGUUGGCCGCCUUGGUACUGCGUUAUGACAUGGAGCUGUUCGAGACUACGAGAGAGGAUGUGGAUAUCGUACGGGAUAAUCUGAUGGGCGCGGUCAAGGCAGGGUCUAAGGGAGUGCGCAUGAAGUUGUCAGAGAGGGGAAGGGAAUGGCCUAAAACUAGAUAA